AUUCUUAUCUGGUUGGCGAUGACUGCAGCCAGUAUGGCCGUCGGACCACUGUUUUUGCCGCAGCCAUUCCCAGGUGACACGGAGUAUCCGUUCGACGCGUUACAACAGCCGCUGAGAACCGUUGUCUACAUGCAUCACGUAAUAAUCGCUUAUCAAUGUAUGAUACAAGUUAGCGCUAAUACUUUCCCGGCCCUCCUACUUUGGUUUGUAGCCGCGAAAUUCGACAUUCUGUCCGUGCGAUUCCGCGCAGUGACAAACGUGAAGGAGCUGCACAGGUGCAUACGAGAGCAUUAUAGGUUACUCAGGUAUGCGAAGGAAGUGACACUCGCGAUCCGUUAUAUAGCACUGUUAUGCGUAACCUUCAGUACCGGUGCUGUAAUAUUCGGCUGUCUGACCUUCAUGAGCCGUCACUCGUGGUCAGUGAAGGCUCCAUUCCUCAUGAUAGCUCUGUGUGCCUUCGUGGAGCUCUACAUGUACGCUUGGCCAGCGGAUAACGUAAUGAGCACGAGCGGCGACGUGGCGACGGCCGCUUACAAUUCGUUGUGGUACAAUGAUGAUCCAGCUUCACAAAAAAUCCUGAUAUACGUCAUAUUGAGGUGCCAACGCCCGGUCACCAUCUCAAUACCGUGCGUGUUACCGACUUUGUCGAUGAACUAUUACACGUCGUACAUUUCAACUGUCUUUUCGUACAUGACACUCGUACGUAUUAUGAUGGGUAACGAAUGAAAAACAAUAAAGGAAUAAAGAAUAUAACGAAUUACGUUUAAGAUCAAAUUUCACUUUUUCUCGUUACAUUUUCACAAAGUAAUUUCUAUAUAUAGAGCUCUACAUGUAAUGUGUUAUAAGGAGAAAAUCGGAACUCGUUAAUAAAUAUGU